UCCUUGUGUUGGUUCAAAUGGUUCCGUCAUUUUGUGAAUGAUGUUAUUUUGAGUGUAUUUUUACACAUAAUUUAAUAAACAAAUGAUUUUAAAAUUUGUUUAAUUGCGUGAAACAAUAUAUAAUUAUUGCUAUAUAGUGUUGUUAAGUGUGAAGAUUUAAAAUAUAAGCAUAUAUACAAAGGCACAAUGAGUACUAACCAACAUUUUAGUUUGAGAUGGAACGAUUACUUACAGCACAUCACGAAAGCCUUCGAUAGCCUUCGUUCCGAUGAUAAUUUUGUUGAUGUUACUUUAAGUUGUGAAGGCAAACGGAUUCAUGCGCAUAAAAUGCUAUUAUCUGCUUGUAGUACAUAUUUUCGUGAUAUAUUGAAGGAAAACCCUUGCCAGCAUCCAAUAAUAAUAUUGAAAAAUGUUAAGUACGACGAUUUGCAGGCACUAAUAGAUUUUAUGUACCAAGGAGAAGUCAGUGUGGUUCAAGAACAAUUGACAUCAUUUUUAACUACUGCUGAACUUUUGGCUGUUCAAGGAUUGACGAAUGGUUCAGUUGAUGACCACCAAAUACGAAGUCAUGGAGUAACAUUACAAAAGAAACCUGCAAAACCUCAACAGUUUGUUGUGACUCAGACAUUAAGAGCAACAAGUCCAAGUAAUAGGAUCAAGAAAAGAAAGCUAUCAAAAAUACAUAUUGACAAAGAAAAAAGUUUAAGAAAAGAAACUUCUGAAGCCUCAGACGUUUCCUAUGUGCCGAUCGUAAUGCCUAGUGUAGAGAUUCCAGAAUAUUUUGAACAAUCUGCAACUAAUAAUAUAUCAGUGGGAUUUGAUGAUAGCGAUAUUGGAGAAAAUUGUGAAUAUAUUGAAGAAACCCAUGACAAUGAUGUAAAAAACACAAGUGAUGAAAAUGUCUGUACAGUAUACAGUCCGGACCAAACAGAUGCAGGAACACAAGAAGAAAUAGAAAACCCCAGUACAUCAGAAGGCAUUCAACAGGAUUCGAGUUUACAAGAUUCGGCGGAACUAAGGUUUCGUUGCCAAGUUUGUUGGAAAGGAUUCCGGCAUCCGAUGUCCUUAACACUUCACAAGGACCUUCAUAGUGGCAAGACGCAAUGCCCGGUGUGUGGCAAAUCAUUUUCCCGCAUCUACGACAUGCGAAUUCACCUUAAUCGAAUCCAUAAGGUCACUUUUAGAUUAGACGCCAAACUUCGAAUUAAGGACCGAAAUUCUAAGGGCAAAAUUCCAUCGCCUACUGAUGAUAUGAUCGCUGAAUAUCUGGACGAAUCGUCCAAUGAUUAGGUCAUUCGUGCAAAACCUAUUAUAAAAUAAAGCUUGUAUUAUAUAUGUUAACUACAAAUAAGAUAACAGUUGCAUUUCUGCAAAGCAACCAGAAAUAGGUUCAAAGCCAUUUAAAAUUGAUCCAAGCCAUUUUCCUAUGGGUUCAUUGCUAGAAUUUAUGUUGUGAAAUAUGAUCCAUGUUUCCCAUUUUAUUGAAAUUUAAUUUAAUAAUGCUUUUGAGCAAUA